CGCAUUAGAAGGCUUAGGUUUUUGCAGGCUCAGAAAUCCAGAGAGAGAAAGUGAGGGUAGAGGAGUGAGAAAAAGAAGAUGGGAGGUUGGGCAAUUGCUGUGCAUGGUGGCGCCGGUGUGGACCCUAAUCUCCCACUCGAGCGCCAGGAAGAGGCGAAACAACUUCUCACUCGCUGUCUCAAUCUUGGAAUCUCUGCUCUGCGUUCCAAUGUUCCCGCCAUUGAUGUUGUCGAACUUGUGGUGAGGGAGUUGGAAACGGAUCCGCUCUUCAAUUCGGGCCGUGGAUCUGCCCUGACGGAAAAAGGAACGGUAGAGAUGGAGGCUAGCAUCAUGGAUGGGCCGAAACGGCGCUGCGGCGCCGUUUCGGGUCUUACGACCGUCAAGAACCCGAUUUCGCUGGCUCGUUUAGUUAUGGACAAAUCCCCACAUUCAUACAUCGCCUUCUCUGGAGCUGAAGAAUUCGCCAGGCAACAGGGGGUGGAGGUUGUGGACAACGAAUACUUUGUCACACCUGACAAUGUGGGCAUGCUGAAGCUGGCAAAGGAAGCCAACACAAUCCUGUUUGAUUACCGAAUUCCGAACUCGGGGUACGAGACAUGUGGAUCCGGUGUGGAGAGUCCACUGCAGAUGAAUGGGCUCCCGAUAAGCGUGUACGCGCCGGAGACCGUUGGCUGCGUGGUGGUGGACCGGGAGGGGCGGUGUGCUGCGGCGACGUCAACCGGUGGACUGAUGAACAAAAUGACCGGUCGAAUCGGUGACUCGCCGCUGAUCGGCGCUGGGACCUACGCUUGCGAGUUGUGUGGGGUUUCGUGCACGGGUGAGGGCGAGGCCAUCAUACGUGGCACUCUGGCGCGUGAGGUGGCAGCGGUGAUGGAAUACAAAAACUUGAAGCUUCAUGAUGCCGUUGAUUUUGUGAUCAAACACCGUCUGGAUGAAGGAAAAGCUGGGCUCAUUGCAGUUUCCAACACUGGUGAAGUCGCUUGUGGGUUCAAUUGCAAUGGCAUGUUCAGGGCUUGUGCCACUGAAGAUGGUUUCAUGGAGGUUGCAAUUUGGGAAUAAUCUCAUAAACUCAUUGUUUCACCAUGGUUGUUUCGAUGCAACUAUUUUACUUCUACGAUAUCAAGUUAGAGUGUAAGGUCUCUUGGUGGUGCCGGAUUCAGCUGAUUAUGAUUAGUCUUUUUUCUAAAAAUUAGAAAAAAAAAAAUUGUUAAAUAAUAGUAGUAACUCCUUUGUCUUCUGCUGAAAUAAAAUAGAAAAAAAAAAAAAAUCCAUGGUAGACCUUAAAUACAGCCGUGCAGCUUUCCUCUUCAUAGUUACUAACUAUGACUAUAUUUUAUUUACAAUAGCUAUAUUAUGUAUAUAAAUUAUCUACGUGAAUGGAGUCCCUCACCAGAAGCACCUUC